ACCAACUCUUCUUGUCUGACAGCAAUCGUCACAAGUGUUCAUGGUAAUUCUGCAAUAUGAAGCUCAUUGUUAUAUAGUUUCAAGUUUCAUAAGGUUACUAGGUAUUGUUUUGAAGGAUACAAUUACUAAUGACCCUAUCUCUUACUGGUGUUCAUUUUCAUCUUCUACCAGAGUGGCCUAUAGAAGAAGAGUUGAGAAACCCUGAGUUAGAGAAGGAGCUUGAGAAGAGGAUGAGGAGAAGAGGUGAAGGUUCUAGUGACAAGGAUAAAUAUCAGGAUGAUGUGAAAGAAGGCGAUGAUAGACGAUUGUCUACAAGAAGUGACAGGUCCAAGGAUGAAAGACACAAAGACGAAGGAUAUGGAGACAUGUAUAGAGAAGAGGGUGUUAGAGAAACUAGACAAAGGGAGGAUAAGCACCGGGAAGAUGGUGAGCGAGAUAGGAAGAACAGGGAUGUGAAGCACCGAGGAGAAAGUGAAAGACACAAACACAGGGAUGAUAAAUACCGUGAAGAUGGUGAAAGAGAUAGACACCGUGAAGAUAAGUACUAUGAAGAUGGUAACAGAGACAACAAAUAUAAGGACGACAAAUAUCAUGAAGAUGGCGACAGGGAUGGCAAACACAGAGAUGAGAAGUAUGUGGAAAUCGGUGAGAGAGACCAAAGGAGCAGGGAAGGAAAGCGGAAGCAAGAUGAUGACAGAGACCAUAGGCAUAAGGAAGAAAAGCAUCGGGAAGAUGUGGACAGGGACCAUCGGCACAGGGAUGUCAGGCACCGAGAUGAUGCUGAUAGAGAGAAGAGAGCAAGGGAUUCCAAGUACAGAGAUUUACACACCUCAAGAGACCACCCUAUUGAGCCUGAGGCCAAGCGUUUGAGGGAUGAUAGUAUCCCCGCUGACUUAUAUCAUAGGAAAACAAACAAUCGGGAUGGAAGCCCAAUUUAUGAUGAUCGAGUUACCAGAUACAAAGAUGAUAAGGAUAGAAGAAGAGGUAAUGAUAAAGAUGAGCCUAGUGAUUAUAGAUCUCGUAGUUUGAAAGAGCAACGUUCUGAAUCAGAAAAGAGAUCUAGCGCUAAAGUAGACUCUGGCUCUGAAAGGGGAAGACCUGCCUCUCGUUAUGGGGAUAUGGAAAUUACAGCUAGCCAUAGCCGUCGCAGGAGUUCCCCUAGUGGGAGCUCUUAUCCAGCAAGAGAUCAUCACAGGGUUCCAAAGCAAGAAGAAGCCAAGUAUAGGGACCAUGUAUAUGAAGAGAGAGCUCGGCAUAAUGUUCACACAAGUAGAGAUAUCACUUCUGGUCAAUCUGAUAAACUUUCUUCCAGGUCACUGGAGAAAGUCACUCUGAAGGAUGACAGUUAUACGGGUGAUUUAUCAGUUGACAGGCGUUUGAGGCCAGAUUCCCGCUCUUCUCCGCAGGUAGAUAAAUCCCCAUCAUCAACAAGUAAUGAUCGCAGAAACUUGAGCAGGUCUGAUGUUAAAAGAAGUCUUGAUCUUGAAGAGCCAGGGCAGAGAAGUGGUGGUUCUAAGGAUGCAAAGGAGAGUAUGGUCAAGGACGUUAAAGGAAGUCGGGAGUUGGUCAUGGAGACACAUACUGAUAAUGAAUUUUCGCAAGUUGAUGGAGACAAUUUAUCUGUUUCAUCACCGUACACGAGGAGUUCACACUUUUCUGGUAAUUCCAAGUCUCUCCUACCACCUCCAUCUCCCUUCAGAACAGGAUCUGAUAGUCCUUUUUUUGGUUCUACAGAAGAUGACAGAAGUAAAUCAAAUAAUCGUCAUCGAAGAAUGGGUGACCCUAACAUGGGAAGAGCUCAAGGUAAUUGGAAAAAUGUCCCAAGCUGGCCUUCCCCCUUGGCAAGUGGUGGUUACAUCCCUUUCCAGCAUGUUCCUCCCAUGUUUCAUCCGCUUAUGCAACAAUUUCCACCACCAAUAUUUGGUAGACCCCCAAUGAAAUUAAACCCUGGUUUGCCUUACCAUGUCCCUGACCAUGGUCGUCCAUUAUCAUGGAGGAACCAAGUAGAUGAAUCAGUUCCACCUCCUUUACAUGGAUGGGAUGCAAAUAAUGCCGUAUUUGGUGAUGAAUCUCACUUAUAUGGGAGGCUAGAUUGGGAUCGUAGAACCCAAUUGAGCAAUCGAGGGUGGGACCCAAGUGCUGAUAUGUGGAAGGGCCAAAACCCUGGAGCAAGUAUGGAUGCGCAAUUAGGUCCCCAGAAAGACGGUUAUUCAGCACACAGACCAACCGAUGAAAUUUGGCCAGGGCAGAUGGGCCAGCAUGUUGAGAAUGAGCAGAACCAACCGGAUAUUCAGCCUUUGACCAUGAAUGGCAGUCAAUCCAGCAAUGCCCUUGAAGGAAUCGCUCCUGAAGUUCAGAAAGUCACGGAAAGCCCUCAGAUGUUUGAGGUUGUAAAGGAGGACAAUACUCUUAUUUCACAAGUUUAUCUUUCGAGGAUUGAUGUAUCUCAAGAUCUUACUCAGCCUGAACUGUAUGACCAGUGCACAAACAUGAUGGAUUUAGAUCAGGAAGAAGCAUUAUCCGAUGAAUUUGACUGCAAGAUUUUGUUUUUGGAGGAGGGAGUAGAAGCCAAUGUUACCGAUGGUGCUUCGCUCUUUGCUGCCAUAAAUGAUUCUGUUUUUCAGAAAGCCAUGUUUCUUUACAAGAAGCAAAAAGAAGAGUUCCAUUCAAUGAAUGUAGAGAAGACAUCUUGUCCCAUUGCAAAUUGUCCCGAGUUUGUCUUACCAACUGAUCAAGAUGAAGGUGGUUCAGAUGAUCGCAAGCUGGCAGAGGAGGAAGCUGCUGAGGGAACAGUUCUGGGUGUUAGCAAAGAAAAAGAUGAACUGCCUACUCUAAAGGUUGAUACAGAUCCUUUGGUAGAAGCCAACGUUGUCGAUGAGCCAAAGACAUCAGAGGAACCAAUGAAUAUGGAGGUGGAUCGUAUUGUUGUAAAGCAAGAGGAAGAACCCGAAUUAACUGUGGAAAGAUCUUCUGCAGUGGAAGAGAUUAUUGCACCUUCUGCUGGCGGUUUACCACCUUGUAAGGCUGAGGAGGCAAGCGAGUCUACCAAUGAAGAGAAGAAUGAGUUGGGUGGUGGCGGUGGUGGUGGUGGUGGUUCUUUGUUGCUGUUGUCUGAUGUGUCAACUACUGCGGUGGCAGUGAUGCCAACAGAGUCAAUUGAGUUUGGGUCAGUAAAUCUAAGUCGGAUACAUCACCAUUCUCCUGAAAGUACACAUUGAGACAAUUUUUAUAUUUGAGCUUUUGAAAUGCCCAGGCCCCCUUUCUAUCUUCUUAUAAUCAUUGCUCGUUGAUCAAUAAAACU